GCUGUCCUCCUUACUGAGCGCUGUUUUUCCCGCAACUAGCAAGUGUGGCGGAGGGACUCUUUUCUCUGGACUUCAUAAAAAUGCCGAAGCGAUCGUACCCUUUUACGGAAACCUUCUCCUCUCAGUAUAAGAUACACAUUAGCCAGCAUGAGCUCAAUAACUGCAGCGUCUUUGGGAAUAAAUACAGGAAAGAAAUCUAUGAAAAGACAAAAACUCUGCUUUUUAACGGUGCCAAAGCGGUGGUAGACAAAAUAUGGACUGGAGAAGAUAAGCCAACUGGACAAGAAUUAACAGUUAAAAGCAGCCAGACUCUUUUAAGAGGGCAGACUUUGAUUGGAACUGAUGGGAGAUUGACCAAAGCAACUAAAACACAAGGACCAUCCAGUAGUGGCUGCUGCGUGUGUCAGAAGAGUGUAUCAUGCCAGACUUCCUGUGCUCAGUGUGAACGCCGAGUCUGCUUGUCUUGCAGCCGACAGUGCUCCAGCUGCUUCAGCCAGUGCUGUUCUGUCUGCACCAUCAUAGAUUACAGUGGACGUUAUGAUGAAGUACUCUGCUGCAGUUGCUCAACGUAAUGGAAGUUCGGCACACAGAUCCAAUUCUUGAAAAUGUACUGUAGUAAUCCCCACAUGACCUCCACGUUACUCUUGACUGCAUUUUAAAUGUCAUAAUUGUCUUCUUUUCUAAUGAGCUAAAUGUUUGCAUGUGUAGAUAUACAAAGAAAUAAACUUGAACAUUUUUACACAG